AGUAAAUUUCAAGUGGUCGGUUGGUGAACACUACUCAUUGAUGGUUAAAUGAAUUUCGUUUGUUUUUGGAGUGUACAAAAAUUUCUGUUUUGAUUUUUUUUAUUUUUCUAAAUUUUCGAUAAAUUACAAAAGUGAAUUCUUUGAUCUAUUAAACGCAUUUCGUGUCGUUAAUUAUUUAAUUUUUGCAGAAAAUUAAAAUAAAAAAAAAAAUAAUUCGAAAUUAUUGUGACAAUAAUUUACGAAAACUUUUUCAAUUUUUAAUUGGUUUUAGUGCGCUAAACACUUUGAUAUUUCCGGAUAACCGUUUGUUAACAAUAAUUUUUUAAUAUAAAAAAAAUUGUGUUAGUUGAUUGAGUGACACUAUUGGAAUAUCAAUUUCGGGAUUUUGUUUUCUUUCGCACAGUCAAGUAUGCAUAGAACAUCAAAUUUGAUUGCUUUCGUCAGUAUUGUUCAGGUCAUCUUCUUAUCAUCACCAGCAGACGGACAUGGACGAUUGAUGGAUCCACCAGCCCGUAAUGCUAUGUGGCGCUUUGGAUUUCCCAAUCCGGUGAAUUACAAUGACAACGAAUUAUUUUGUGGUGGUUAUGCCGUUCAAUGGGAACAGAAUUCGGGAAAUUGCGGAGUUUGUGGUGAUGCUUACAAUUUUCGCAGUCCCAGACCACAUGAGGCGGGUGGUGAAUAUGCAAAAGGAAUUAUUACACGGUUUUAUUCAGCUGGCCAGGAAAUCGAUGUGGAGGUGGAAUUAACUGCAAAUCACUACGGUAGAUUCGAAAUGUUUUUAUGUCCAAACAAUAACCCUGCCCUAGAAGCAACACAAGAAUGCUUUGACCGUUAUCCACUUACACUUUCUGGGUCAAGGGAACAUCGGUUUUACAUUCCCAGCGAAACGAAGAAGAAAGGCACCUUUAACUAUCGAGUUCGUUUACCACCAUAUGUUACAUGCACUCAAUGCGUACUUCAAUGGACUUAUUACACUGGAAAUAUGUGGGGGAAAUGCGCAAAUGGAACUGAAGCUGUCGGCUGUGGUAAACCAGAAACUUUCCGAAACUGUGCAGACAUUGCGAUCACCUCUAAUACUGGCGGGCUUCCACCAAUCUUUGUAGGAAGUAAUAAUCCCUACUUGUUGUAUUAUAAAGAUUUACGGGCGCCGUCAGAACAAAAUGUAUUCCCAUUGGUCGUACGGGACCAAGUUUGCUUGCCGACUCAAUUGUAUCAAAGAAUACCCGGAAUGGAUCAAUGGUGUCAACAGAACUGCUUGCGAUAUCCGCCGAAUUGUCCCGAAACGGUUUGUCAUUGCCCUCAAUCCUGCGAUGCAAUAGGUGAAUUGGAAGGACGUGACGGAGCUGACACAUACUGUCAAGAUGCGUGCAUUAAUUACCCAUCGAAAUGUCCAGCUGACCGAUGUCGAUGCUAUUAGCGAAGCAGUUUCGUUGCAUUUCUCUGUCUUUUUUUAAAUCAAUUUUUUUUUGUAUAAAAUGUCCAACCUGCUCAAAGAAUUCAAUUUUUAUAUUUCAAAUGAAAAUGGUUCAAUUUUGUGAACUCUGCCAUGAAA